UAUAAAUUUUACGAUUAUACUUAAAAUUACUUAUAUAUAUUAUCUCUCAAUCCAACUUUUUAAGCUGCUCAAGAAGCAAAAAGACCCCAUAGCUUGGAUCACCUUGACAAGCAAGGCAACCCAGAAAAAGAAAGGAUUCAAAUUAGCUGAAGCAGCCAUGGCCGCCUUCCUCAAACUUCGCCUCCCCAUAAUUAUUUUGCUCAUUCUUCAUGGAAUGCCGUUUCUUUCUCAUUCAGAUGGUUGCAGUGAUGAUAGCGAUCAACCUACGUCGUCAGAUAAUAAAGAAGAAAAACAGCUAUUCAGAGACAUCAACAGCUACAGGUUGUUCGUAAAUCUCCCGGUGUUCAUUCCGAACGCCAAGGCAGCUUGCCUUGCUGACAAAAUUUCACACCAGUUACAGAAAGACAAACCUUGCCUUGAUGCCCAGUCCUACAGGUAUACUCCGGGCACCAAACAUCCCCUGAACAGUACUUUCAAAAACGUGGACAGGCUCUUGAGCCACUGUCACAUCAACUUCAACACCACUGCAGAUGGGGCCAUUUUGCCUGCUUGUGUCACCAAAUUAGACCAGAUUAAUGUGCUUAAAAACUACAGAAAUUCUCUGUAUGGAAGAUAUCUUAAUGACUCCAAGUUCACUCAUGCUGGGAUUGGCUCCGGAGAUGACUGGAUUGUCGUGAUUUUGAGCACUAACACGUCCACGGGAAGCUUUUCCGGUGCUCCAGUAUCUUUGGCUCCAAGUUUGCUCGGCAUGGUAAUUGCUUCGUUAUUCGGCUGCUUGCUUCUGAUAAAUAUCGUGUCUGUCUGAGAGCUGAAGCUGCGUGCAAGCGUGCAUGCCCAGCAGCUAGUGUCUUAAAUUUGUCAGAAAAAAUAAAAAGUUUGUAUUGAGUUCUCCUGUCAGGAACUGUAGGAGUGAAUAAGUGUAGGUAUUUUUGUAAAUUUUCUGCAUCAUGUGUUGGUUUAUUUAAUUUGUUACAUUAUAUAAACAAAUGUAUAAACAAGAUGACAAUGAUCACAUUGGUAGGCUUGUGCA